AUGCAUAAAAUUCAAGCCACUCAUUGCCCAACGACCAUGACCAACAAGGAUGACCACAACAAUCACGACAAGAUUCAACCAAGCGACAAUCUCCUCACAAGCAUGUUGUUGAUGAUGAGCACCAUCACGAACCACCACAACACCAACAACAACACCAUGACUUCUUCGUUUCCGACGACUCGACCGCCAACACCUUCUAGCUCAUCAACUAGCUCCACUACCGCUCUUCCCUCUCAUUUGUCUCCAUCACCAAGUCAUCAUUGGUCGUCAGGAUUGACACAACAGUUGCCUUCACCAUCCGCUUCGUCGUCGGCUUCUUUCAACGGUGUGAAUUCAGCCCAAACUCCUCUCGAAGCUCUUCUUAACAGUUCAUCAUCGAUGCGACCUAUUUCUUCAAUGACCAAUAAUACCCUAAAUCCUCUUUUCCAAACCACUCUCACCACCCCUUCAACAACAUCUGCUACCACCCAAAAUGCUCCUUCCUUCACAUCUUCUCCUUCCUAUUACCAAACCUACCAAAACGUGUUGCAGUGUUUGUCCUUGUUAUAUUCACCAUCCUCCUCCUCCUCCCCAAACAACAACAACACCUCCAACAACAAUUAUGCGAACAGUCACAACCUCAAAACAGCUCCAUUCUCCAGUAACACCACAAUACCGUCUCAAGCUUCCAAAUCACGACACACACAUUUGGGAUCAGACUUUUCCAAUUUAACCACUUCUUUCCUUUUUCCAAAUUCGUGCCCAAACUCCUCCUCCAUUCUCUCGCACGAGUUGGUGACCAGUUUUGAUUCUCUCAGUCAUCAAAUUAUUGUACCCAACACUUCAAGUACAUCAACAUCUUCAGUCUCCAUCGAAGAAGAAGUUGUUGAUGACGACGGCACUAAGAGUUUCAGAAAGCGAAAGACUUCGCCACUCAGUUCUGAAGUUCAAUCACUCUAUGUCAGAACAGAAGGCCUCAAACAAUCUAAAAGUGGCAACAAGUUUAAGAGAGUAAAGCUCUGUGAUGACGAUCAAUUUGAUAAUGACGGAAAGGAUUUAUCCAAAGAGAUUGAUCUCAUAGAGAACCAAUCUGCCAACAGCUUUUUUGUCCUUCUCAAAAAUCAUUUAAAUUUUUGUGAAAGAAUGAACAAGAACCUAUUACGAAGUACCGUUGUAUUUGACUAUACUCAUUCCACAUCGUUAUGCCAUGCUGCGCAUGUUGUCAAGGACUUGAAUUCCAUGUCCCCUCCAACAGAUUCUGAUCUCACUCUCACCUCUAGUGACUCUAUUCCUUUGGAAAAGUUGUGUUUAUUGUAUAGCAUGUAUUUGCACAUGUGCCAGAGAAAAGGCCUAACCUCAGAAGCUAAUAUCACCUAUAAAAAGACAAGAAUGUUGCUUAAACAAGUGUUUGAUAGAUAUGAUAAUUAUCAUGUGGCCUUUACUUAUUGCAUUCUUUCAAUCUAUCAUUCAAGUGAGGGAGAUGAUGAGACCGGCAGGUUUUAUUUAGACUUGGUUGAACAUUACUUUACCUCUCAAAAUAAGAAGACAAGUAGAAAGAACACAUCUAGCUCAGUAAGCUCACACGAACAAGAAAUGAACAAGCUCAUUCAAUACUGGAUUCCAUCCUCUGAUAUUGACAGGGAUUUCUUUUUAGAAAAAUUUAAACUUGCUGCUGAAAUCACUAAUGAAGCUGGCAAAUUAAUUCGGUCUGUUGAAUUGCGAAGGUUGAUCGAAAAGUAUUAUAUUUAUGGAACCAACCGUUCACAUGAGACUCAUCCAGAAUUUAAAAAUCUUCUAGAAAAGAAAAUUGAUGAGACAACCUUUGAAAAUUACCUCAAAAUGGUUGAAUUUACAUUGGAAAUGGCUGCUCUUUCCAGCAAGACCUACAACUUGGACGAUGAACAACAAUUUAUUCUCAUCCAUGGAGGCAAGGGUUACAGACACACUGCAUAUGCGAUGAUUUUGCUCGAGUAUUUGGAUUAUUUGUCCAAACAUGACUCAUCGUCUGACACAUCCUCCGUAGUAACUCUUUCUUCUAUCAACAACCAAGAUCCAGCAGUCAAGAAUGUACUUUCAAGACUUUACACAGAAGUUGACGCCUUUAUGAAUGUUAGUCAUGAGGAUCCUGAAGCUCUAGGGGCCAUCAUUCCAGCUUAUUUCCCAUGUUUUUCCAUUGCAUGCCAACUUGAUUUGAAUGGUUGUGAUAUGACCAAACCAGACCAAUUGACCAAAGUUUCAAGAGAUCUUCAUGUCAUGCAGUACAUGGCAAAAAGAUACAAGAAGAUCAAACUUUUAUAUUCAUCUCUUAUGAAAGCUCUUGCCCUCAAAAAGGAAGAACUUACAAACGAAAUAAAUUCGUCGUAG